AUGCGAUGCAGGCGGUCCGGAUAUGCAUGCAGCUAUGAGGUCCGCUUGCAGUGGGAGGACGAAAUGCGUGCAGUAGGCAAGUGUCAUGGACGAACAGGCGUUCAAUCGAAGAUGAACUCACUUGUGCGUAAACGAUUGGCUGACACGGCCAUGGAGCCGUGGACACGGACCAAACGCAAAGAUCAGGAUGAUACCUGUCAGGCUGAUGGCGAAGAGAAAGCUGUGUCGAUCGGCUCUCCACCCGCCUGCCACAGUCCACAACAAAAAAUGGUAGACAGCGACCAGGCUCCGGAAUCCGUCUACCAGCGCCGCUACUAUCAAUGGGAUCGACGCAAAUCAGUGUCAAUAGCCAGGGCACUGCCUGUUCUCCCAUGGAGUAUUGGCAUACCGGACGUUGAUCAUUUGUGUCUCUCGUUCUAUGAAUCUGUCAUGUGUCCCGUCGCUGUCACUGUUGACGAUGAGGAUAACAAUCCGCUCCGCAGUACGGUGAUGCGUAUGGCUUUGAGGUCGGAGUUGACGUACUAUGCAGUCCUCAUGGCUAGUUCUCAGUAUAUGCGCUCGUUUGACUCGCGAUACACAAUCUUGGAGAUGCAAGUGCGGCAACGGGUACUUGGAGGGUUGCGACAAGCAUUGGCACGAGAGUCUUGGGACACUGAGGAUGUCCUCGUGCCAACAAUCUUUCUUUGCUCCUCGGCAAUUUCUGCGAGCUGUGACUCAUCCUGGGUGCGUCAUUUUGCUUGCUUCCAGCUCCUUGUCAAGCGGGCAGCUCAAGGGAGCUUUUGCAAGUCCUUCCUGCACCGAUUCUUUGUCAGUUACUUCUCUGCACAUCUGGUACUCGCCAAGUCUAUGUUUCCCAUUGAGGGUUUGCUGCCCGUCGUUGAACCACCACUUUAUCUUGACACUAAGAGCACACCGGCUCUUACCCUGGAUCUGCGCGAGAGUUCCUGGACCUCGACAGCCGCCUUGUUGGGCGUGAUGGAUUCAAACACUCUUCAUCAAAUAGACAUAUGGAAUGGCCUCGGUAACCACCUUCUACUCUUGAUAAAUGACACAUUGACUAUCAGAGAGGAUGUUCUUGCUUCCAAUCGCCGUCAUACUUCGGAUCUGCCGACCAUGAUUGUUGCAGCUCAAGCGUCAAUUGAAACCAAGAUACUAGGCUUGAGAGCCAGCAUUGGCAAUGUCACGCAAACGCUUCCAGAUUCAUCGUUAAACUACCGCCAUGCCACCGAACGCGCUAACUCAUACCGCUUGCUAGAACAUACAGGCGAGGCUUAUCGUCUUGCCGCUUUAUUGCUCCUCUCUGAAGCAUCCAAAUCUUCAUUCUUAGGGUUCACGCCAACUAAUAUCAAAGAGUUUGAUUCCGUGCAAAUACAGGACCACGUCCACACAAUUCUUACUCUGGUGGAUAAGAUUGUAUCAAAGCUAGACUUCUUACCCAUCUCCUGGCCUCUAUGGCCCCUCUUUAUCGCGGCUUGUUGUAGCGACCCUGACUCGGAGGCACAGGCCAAGGCUCUAGCGUUGUUUCGGACUGCUCGAGAAAAAGCGCCAUACGAAAACACAAUGAGAGCACAGACCUUAGUUGAGCUGCUAUGGAAACGCCGUACGCUAAUCGGAGAUGGAGUCACACAGAUACGCGUUGGUCGCUUCGAAUGGGAGGAGGUUAUGGAGUUUCUAGGGUGGCAAACAAGUUUUGCUUGA